AUGAGUACGUCCGAAGACCAUCCUACAGGCAGCUGCAAGGUCUGCAACCGACCGGAUCAUGCCGAAGAUAUGGUCGCUUGUGACUGUUGUGAAAAGUGGUUUCACUUCACGUGUGCAGGAGUACAGGCUUCCAUCUGCAACAAACCAUGGCGUUGUGGUUAUUGUUCAAGUCGAGAUGACGACCGUAAUUCAACAGUGUCAAUCUGCUCGACUACCUCAAGUGCUCGUUUACGAUUGAGGCAGCUCAAAGAAGCGAAAACACUCGAUGAUCGUCUGUUAUUACAACAAGCGGAAAGGGAACGAGCUUAUUUAGCUGAGAAGCACCAACUGGAAGCCGAGAUUCAUACAGAAAUGCGACUAAGAACCAGUACAUCAAGCCGAAUCAGCUGUAAAAGUAGUCACAGUCACAGAACUGAAAUAAAAACCUGGAUUGAUCAGUCUGGAAGCACAAUGGCAGUAAAUCCAAACGCGGAUGCAAAAGCAUCGACACCCGUUAUUUCUAUAGGGAAUAUAGUACAAGCAGAUAAAAACAAAAGUGUAAUAACGCCAGUCCAGUCGAUAUCCACAGGUAUUCGUUGUAGUGUAGUUCCGUCCACGUCAACCAAGAAAGCCGUGGUUGAAUUCAAUAGAAUGUCAACAAAAACGCACGUUCCACCGAUUCCCAUUUCUGGUUCAGCAUACACAUCGCAGCAUAAUGCCGUCCGUCUAGAUCAACAGAAACAACAUCCAUCAGGUCCGUCUAAGCAGCACAUCCCACCGACGAGUCAGUCAGGUCCACGAGAAGGCUCGCAGUUAGGCGCGGAACCUAUAAUGGAAAGUCAAGUUCCUGUUCGGACUGAUUCCGGUGAGCGGAAUCAAUUGGAUAUAUUAUGUAAACAGCGAACAGUACAACAGCAAUUUGGAAAUCGAAACAGCAGUUAUUUUACGCAACCUAGAGGAAACCAAUCGGGAACAUCGUUUAUGCCGUCAUUACCACCAGAAGGCACGCAAUUAGGCGCGGAACCUAAAGGGUGA